AUGCCAUCUAAACCGACUUCAACUCGUUUGCAUAGGGACAAACAUAACCAACAAAAAGGCUUGGUCAUCAACUUUGAUGUCAAAUCUCGGGCGACCUAUUUGAGAGGGUUCCAAAAACGGAAACAACAACGACGUGAUAAAGCUGAGGAAAAAAUAAAAAAAAGGGCGGCGGAGGAACGGGUGGCCGAACGGAAGGAAAUGCGCGAUGAGGUGCAUAAUCGUUGGACGCGCGCAGUGAAAGAUAUGUCUGAUGCAUUGGGAAAUACGGAGGAGGCGAAAUUGCUGAAUCUUCCGGUAGAACAUGAGAAUGAUGACCUUGAUGAGAAGAUGGAGGAAGAUAUGCAGGAGACUGUAUUUGGAAACGAGGGAGAUGACGAUCGAUUUGGAGGUGUAAUGGUAACAACGUCAACGUCGUUAUUCGAUGAUGAUGCUGAUGCUGUUGAUGCUCGCAUUGCUGAGUUGAGACAGGAAGUUGCCAAGGAUGGUCAUGACAAUUCACAACCGGUGAAGAAAGUUGUCCCGAAACGUAAAUCAGGCGGAGUGAAGAAGUUCGGCACGAGUAAGAAGAUGGAUAAGAGUCUCGGAAAGAAGAAAACUGUACAUAAGAAGGGUGUCAAAUCGAAGAGCAAAAAGAAGCAUUGA